GCGAUAGUGUGCGAAGCAGUGGGAUUAGAGGACGUGGUGGCUGAUGCUCCGAGAUUGGUGGUGGCUCGCGUUCCCACCUGCGCCGGCGACAUUCGAGCCGGUAGUACGGCGGACCAAAUAAGAGAAGUCCGAUUUCUGUCCAGCCUGUCCGAUCCGAACGUGGCUCGGAUCCUGGGAGUGUGCACCGUGGAACCAGUCCCGUGGACGAUCAUCGAGUACACGGAACUCGGUGAUCUCGCCCAUUAUCUUCAGUACAGUGUGCCACUUACGGGAACGCUUAGGCCAAGCUGCAAUUUGAAAGCCCUUAGUCAAAGUUGCCUGAUGUACAUGGGGGCGCAGAUAGCAUCGGGCAUGAGGUUCCUCGAGUCGAAGAAUCUGGUGCACAAGGACCUAGCAGCCAGAAACUGUCUAGUGGGCCGCUCUUACACCGUGAAAGUGACCGACAUAGCGAUGUGCAGUGACCUUUACAAGAAGGAUUACAGUGACAUAGGAGGCAGACCGCCGGCGCCAAUCAGAUGGCUGCCGUGGGAAAGCAUUCUGCUGGACAGGUACACUUGCUCCAGCAGUGUCUGGUCGUUCGCUGUCACUCUGUGGGAAGUGAUGAGCCUGGCCAGAGAGAAGCCGUUCCAACAUUUAACCAAUGAUCAGGUGAUACAGAACGCCGAGCACAUGUACUACGGGGCCGAGUUACAGAUAUAUCUGCCGAAGCCAACGAUGUGCCCGGAGGAAGUCUACAAGAUGAUGUGCUCGUGCUGGCGGAGGGACGAGACCUCGAGACCGACGUUCAAAGACAUUUACACGUUCCUGAAAAAUAUAAUCGCGGACUAUCGACCUGGUGCAUAAAACGAUCCCAGUUAACUGUGAUACAUGAAAAACGAACGAUGAAUGUCCCUUUUAGAA